GAUAUUUGCAAAACAAGAAGUGCCAUCAUGGAGAAAUCAGCUGACAUGGAGGGCCUUUGGGGUGAGCUUUAUACUGAGCGUAUUGUUCAGCUUUAUAGUGAUGAAGCUGAACCUCACAGCAGGAAUUAUUCCUUCCCUUAAUGUCUCUGCUGGCCUCUUGGGGUUUUUCUUUGUGAAGACAUGGACAAGGUUCCUGGAAAAUUGUGGCCUCUUGAAGCAACCAUUUACCAGACAAGAGAACACUGUCAUCCAGACAUGUGUUGUGGCCUCCUCUGGCAUCGCCUUUAGCGGAGGAUUUGGAAGUUACCUGUUCGGAAUGAGUGGACGCAUUGCCCAGGAAUCAGCUGAUCAACCUAGCGCGAAAGAUAUCAAAGAUCCAGCUUUGGGAUGGAUUAUUGGUUUUCUCUUUGUUGUUAGUUUUCUCGGUCUCUUCUCGGUGGUGCCUUUACGGAAGAUAAUGGUCAUAGACUUCAAAUUAACAUAUCCGAGUGGAACUGCGACUGCUCAUCUUAUCAAUAGCUUCCACACCCCUGAAGGAGCCAAGCUAGCUAAGAAACAAGUAAGAGCUCUCGGAAAGUUCUUCUCCUUCAGCUUUUUAUGGGGUUUCUUCCAGUGGUUUUUCAAGGCUGAAGACAACUGUGGAUUUGCCAACUUCCCUACAUUUGGACUCAAAGCAUAUGACAACAUGUUUUUCUUCGAUUUCUCAGCAACAUAUGUCGGAGUAGGAAUGAUUUGUCCAUACAUUAUUAAUGCAUCUGUCUUGCUUGGAGGAAUUCUUUCAUGGGGUCUAAUGUGGCCUCUGAUAGAAACUAGAAAGAAUGAUUGGUAUUCUGCAGAGCUUAGCCCGAAAAGUUUACAUGGUCUUCAAGGUUACAAGGUAUGCAAAGACCCCAAAAUGGCUCUUCCAGUUGAUGGCAGUCCUCCUCCCAAGACCUUGACGGUCUCCUACGAUGACCAACGUCGCACCCAACUAUUUCUAAAAGAUCAAAUUCCGACAUGGUUUGCUGUUGCAGGUUACGUUGUUAUUGCUGCCGUCUCUACAGCUACUCUUCCACACAUCUUUCCCCAACUGAAGUGGUACUACAUAUUGGUCAUCUAUGCUUGUGCACCAACUUUAGCAUUCUGUAAUGCUUACGGAUGUGGAUUAACGGAUUGGUCCCUCGCAUCCACAUAUGGAAAACUAGCCAUUUUCACAAUUGGGGCAUGGGCUGGAGCAGCACAUGGUGGAGUUUUAGCAGGAUUAGCAGCAUGUGGAGUCAUGAUGAACAUUGUCUCAACAGCCUCAGACCUGAUGCAAGAUUUCAAGACAGGCUAUCUAACCCUGGCUUCACCUAAAUCCAUGUUUGUCAGUCAAGUCAUCGGCACAGCAAUGGGUUGUGUAAUCUCUCCAUGCGUCUUUUGGCUCUUCUACAAGGCUUUUGAUGACCUCGGCCUUCCUGGCAGUCAAUAUCCCGCUCCCUAUGCUGUUGUGUACCGUAACAUGGCUAUAUUGGGGGUAGAGGGUUUCUCAAGUCUACCAAAGAAUUGCCUUAAGCUUUGUUACAUCUUCUUCUGUGGAGCUAUUCUCAUCAACAUAUUCAAGGAUGUAAUGGAGAGGAAAUGCAAGAAAUUUGCAAAGUUCAUUCCACUUCCAAUGGCAAUGGCGAUACCGUUCUAUAUCGGGCCAUAUUUUGCCAUUGAUAUGUGUGUUGGAAGCUUGAUUUUGUACGUUUGGGGAAGGAUAAACAAGGCCAAGGCAGAUGCUUUUGCACCAGCUGUAGCUUCUGGUUUAAUUUGUGGGGAUGGAAUAUGGACUUUGCCUAGCUCAAUACUUGCUCUUGCAGGGGUUAAAGCACCAAUUUGUAUGAGGUUCUUCUCUAGGGCAACCAGCACCAGGAUUGAUAACUUCUUAGGAUCCUAGUCAUAAGAGCCUCAUACAUGGACAUGCUUGUUGGUGCAUCAAUGGACAUUUAAAUAUCCUUCCACAGUAUUUUAUUCCUGCUUUCCCUCUUCCUCCCAUGUGUUG